UAUCAUAUUUUUGCCGGCGAUAGUGGAAUAUUUCCGUUCGCCAGCGUUUGCAAUUUGUUUUCUUAUACAUUUCCGUUAGUUCGUUGCGAAUGUGCACAUAAGCUGCAUUUUACUGCUGUCGUGGUUGUUACUUAAUUAAAUUAAACAUAUAGAUUCCGGCCGAUAAUAUUUGUGAGGAAUUGUGAAGUAACAUAUCGACACUGUCCUUUUCAACGGCGUCGCUCCGCAGUUCCUAUUUUCUACUUAAACGUUUUGCAAAUUAUCAGUGCAUUUAUUCGGCGCUUAAUUCCGUAUCCUGUCAAUUCAUACACACAGAUUACAUUUGGAGAAGUAAAAAUAUAAGAAUGGGUGAUUGCAGUGUGGAUUUGGAUAAAUGCUUUGAAGUUGUCUCACAAUUGGUGGACAAAGCUGGUGCGUUGGUGGCAAAACGUAAUGAAACACGACAAGAGUUCGAAGAGAAGGCGAACGAUAUUGACUUGGUCACUGCCACUGAUAAAGAGGUGGAACAGCUGUUGAUAAAUGGUUUGCUAGAUGUAUUUCCCGACCACAAAUUUAUUGGGGAGGAGGAGAGCGCUGCUGGCGGCGCACCAAACAAGCUAACAGAUGCGCCCACCUGGAUAAUUGAUCCAGUUGAUGGCACAAUGAAUUUCGUGCACUCCUUUCCACACUCAUGCAUUUCAAUUGGUUUGAAGGUGAAUAAAGUCACCGAAAUUGGUAUUGUUUUCAAUCCAAUGCUGGGCCAACGUUUCAGUUCGCGUCGUGGACAGGGUGCUUAUCUAAAUGGACGUCGUAUACACGUGAGUGGCCAAAAGGAGUUGGGCAAAUCUUUAGUUACAUCCGAAUUUGGUACAUCCCGUGAUACGGAAAAGCUAAAAGUCGUUUUCGAAAACUUCCAGAAUAUAGUGCCAAAGGUGCACGGUUUUCGCAUGUUGGGCGCUGCCGCCCUCAAUCUCUGCAUGGUUGCGCUCGGCGCGGCCGAUAUCAAUUUCGAAUUUGGCGUACAUGCUUGGGACGUAUGUGCUGGCGAACUGUUAGUGCUGGAAGCAGGUGGCGUUGUUAUUGAUACCACAGGCGGCAAAUUCGAUAUUAUGUCAAGGCGUAUUUUGGCUGCAUCCAGUGAAGAAUUGGCACAAGAAUUUGCAAAGCAUCUGACACAAUUCAGCCCACAACCACGAGAUGAUUAAUUUUAUACUCACAUAUGAUAUUAAAAAGGGUGAGGGUGAAGCAAAAACACAGCUGAUUGAUGCUAGUAGUUCUAGAAUUACUGUAAUUUGCAUAUACCACAUAUGUACAUAUAUUUUUAUGUGAAAAAUUAGUUAUAUUUUACAAACUCUGGGAACUAGCUGGUAUCGAAUUGUUUUGAAAAUUAAAAUAAAUGUUUAUAAAAAUUAAACAAUUUUCCGUUAUAAAUUGA